AUGAUUUAUAAAAUUGUAAUUGUGGGAAAAUUUACUGGUUUUAUUCGAAGUUGUUUCCGAAGGUUUAGUUUGAGGUCUACAACGACUGGACUAAUGGAUAGCAAAGUUGCUGAUUUGGAAAAGCUCAAGGAUCUUUUCCUUGACAUCGCAAGAGUACCCCUACCAGUCAGUGGCCGUAUUAUACGUAAGAAAAGAAAUAGAUUUCUAGAGGUCAGUUUCAUUUGGUCAAGCCGUGCCUUGACGAUGAAGAAGACAAUCUUAACAGAACGACUUAGCGUAGUUGGCCCGAAAACAGAAGACACUCACAGCUUUGCUGUGAAUGCAACGACCGUUUCUUAUAGGCCACAGUAUGUAUCGUACUCAAGGAGCAAUGGAAAAGUUGCCAACUUAAUCACGAUAAAAAAUGGAAGUGAAAAAAAGCAGUAUGUCAAGAUAUUUGACCUACUAGAGCAUCAGGAAGUUCUCUGUGAGGAAGUGACUUCUCCAAAGAAGCAUGGCGUUGUUCACACUUCAGGAGACUUCAGUACAUUAUCAUGGUCCUAUGGAGAAGGAACUUUGCUUUAUAUAGCCGAGCAAUAUGUGAAAUCAGCGAACAUCUAUGAUGCUGAUUUGGAUUGGAAUAACGUUGAAAAAAUUAUUGAUUCUAAUGUUGGGCAAAAAUAUGAAUAUAUUGAAAGUUGGGGUGAGGAACAGGACGAAGCACGGCAGCCAGCGCUAUUCACAAUUGAUGUUUUCAGUGGCAGUGUGACUCGAAUUGAUGGAAUUCCCGGCGAUUUAUCACCCUCGAGGGCUAUAUUUUCUCCGGAUGACGACGGUAUCGUCUUUUAUGGGAUUAAAACCAAACCAUUCAAACUGGGAAAGAUUUUUUGCAACAACCGAAAAGGAACGUUACUCUACUACAAGUUCAACGACGCCAGCGUGCAUCAGUUAAGUGACUCUGAUAUUGGAAUCGAGAAUUUCUCUUUUGCACCAGACAAAAAGAAGCUGAUAUACUUUCAGCGAGCAGUUGAUGCACCACAUAAUGCUGCUUUUGCUCUGUACACGGUAAAGCAUGGAAGAUAUUCUAUAAUGAAAAUAUUUUUAGAUUCUAGCUCGUUUCCUGGUUUCUAUACUAUGCAGACGGGUAAUCAGUGUUGGUGUAAUGACAGUAAGCGUAUUGUUUUGUCUACUGGCUGGGGAGCAAAGCUAGUAAAUUCUUUUUCUGAUUAUUCUUACCUUUCUUUUAUCAAGCAACUUCAUGGGAGUUGGUCGUUAUUUGAUGUUUACGAUGAUUUUGUACUCGCUUCCUGUUCUGCCCCAAAUCGACCGCCCCUAGCAUUACUUGGUCAUUUGCCUGAGGCAGGGAAAGAAGAACAGAUCAUUUGGAUACCUCUAGAUACUGGUUCUAACUAUGAAGAGAAGAGCAAGUUAAGUAAUUUCAACUGGGAAAUUGUAAAGUUUGAGCGUAAUGGAGACUCGUAUGAAGGGAUCUUGUACAUCCCGAAAGAUGUUCACAGUUGUCCACUGGUUGUUGCUCCUCAUGGUGGCCCGCACGGGCACUCGAUAGCGGCAUGGCCACGACGAGAUCACGUUAUGAUGUUGAAUUCUGGUUAUGCGAUCUUACAAGUUAAUUACCAUGGCUCGCUCGGUUACGGAGAUGACUUUGUUCGGUCCCUUCCUGGACACUGUGGAGAUUUGGAAGUCAAUGACGUGCAUUUUGCUGUCGAGACUGUUUUGCCGAGAUACCCUGUACUAGACAAAGGUCGAGUAGUAUUAUUUGGAGGCUCCCAUGGUGGUUUCAUCGUUAGUCACCUAGUUGGAAGGUUUCCGGGUUUCUACAAAGCUUGCGUUGCCUUGAACCCAGUUUUGGAUAUUGCAAGUAUGUGGGCAAUAUCCGACAUUCCUGACUGGGCGAUAGCUUGUGCCGAGAACCGGAUGCCAGAAUGGGCUGAACCGUUAAAUGCAGAAAAGCUCGGGAGAAUGCGAAAUAUUUCCCCGAUUGCUUACGUGCAGAAUAUUGUGACACCCUAUUUAUUGUUAAUUGGUGAAAAGGAUUUACGAGUCAAGAGCCACUAUGGCCCGUUUAUUCGUAAUCUGGCGGCGAGGAAUGUGCCAUAUAGGUGGGUGAUACUUAAAUAUCCUGACUCAACUCACCGAAUUCAAGAAGUUGAACCGGAGGCAGAUUUCGUCACUGAAGUUAUACGCUUCUUCAAUGCCAACUUGUCGUAG